AUGAGCGACCUCGACAAGGCGAUCGCGCAGUUACGCUCAUGUCGACCGAUCCCAGAAGCCCAGGUCCGCGAGAUCUGCCACAAGGCGCGGGAGCUUCUCAUUGAGGAAGGAAACGUCACCACUGUGAUGGCGCCGGUAACGAUAUGCGGUGAUAUUCAUGGCCAAUUCCACGACCUGAUGGAGCUGUUUAGAGUGGGAGGCGACGUCCCAGACACAAACUACCUCUUCAUGGGCGACUUUGUCGACCGUGGUUUCUACUCACUAGAGUCGUUUCUCCUUCUACUUUGCCUCAAGGUCCGAUAUCCUGACAGAAUGACGCUCAUCCGCGGCAAUCACGAGUCCCGACAGAUCACCACCGUGUACGGUUUUUACGACGAAUGCAUAAGAAAGUAUGGCAGCGCAAAUGUUUGGCGGUAUUGUUGUGAUGUAUUCGACUACCUUGCUCUUGGCGCGCUGGUACUAGGCGCGUCAAACACCCUGUCGCCUGACGAGCCUGUCGACGACGACACCGAAAUCGAAGAGCAAGCGCAAAGUCCAGGGGGCACGACGAUGGACAAGACGGGUCCUCCAGGUUCAGGCGCCUCUGGCUCCAGCGGCGGCUCUGUUGGAAACUUGGCUGGCGCCGUUCUCUGUGUUCACGGCGGCUUGAGUCCCUUGGUGGACACUGUCGAUAAAAUUCGUCUAAUAGACCGGAAGCAGGAGGUCCCUCACGAGGGUGCCAUGUGCGACAUCCUUUGGUCAGAUCCUGAUGAGAUUGAUGGUUGGGGUCUCUCCCCGCGAGGCGCAGGCUUCCUAUUUGGCGCCGACAUCGUCAAAGUCUUCAACCACCGCAACGAUCUCAGUCUCAUCGCCCGCGCCCAUCAACUCGUCAUGGAAGGAUUCAAGGAGAUGUUUGACGCAAGUAUUGUCACCGUCUGGUCAGCCCCCAAUUACUGCUACCGGUGCGGCAACGUCGCUGCCGUUCUGGAGCUGACCGAGGACAAUUCUGGCAUGGGACUGUUUGCCCGCAGCAACGGCGAUGUCGGCCGCAGCGAUGGCGGUGUCAUGGUAGAGGGCAGCUUACCGCCCAGGGAAGGUCCUGCAAGGCGCUACCGUGUCUUUCAGGCCGCGCCGCAGGAUUCUAGAGGCAUGCCGGCCAAGAAGCCAGUAGCGGACUACUUCCUUUGA